AUGCUGAGGCUUUCCAAAACUUUUGCGGCCCUUGUCAUUGCAGCGCCUUUUGUGGCAGCUCAGUCGGCUGUUUGGGGACAGUGUGGUGGCACUGGAUGGACCGGACCUACUACCUGUGCAGCUGGCUCGACUUGCGCAUACUCAAACGACUACUAUUCACGUGAGCUGUGUAUAGUCCCAUGCCUCCGAGCUCAUAUUCUCACGACUAGUACAUGGCGAAAACUCAGAAUGCAUCCCCGUAUUGCUACGUCUACAUCGACUGGAUCCGCCAGCCUCCCUAGUGGAACCUCGACUGCCAAAUUGAACACUCUCGCUACUGGCAAUGGAAAAGUUUACUUUGGCUCUGCGACCGAUAACCCCGAGCUGACGGACACGGCCUAUGUGGCGAUCCUAAGUGACAACACGAUGUUUGGACAGAUCACACCUGGAAACAGCUGGAAGUGGGACGCAACAGAGCCUACUCAGGGCACCUUUACGUUCACGGCUGGUGAUGCGAUCUUGGAUCUGGCACAGGCUAACGGACAACUCCUUCGUGGGCACAACUGUGUGUGGUACAAUCAACUUCCCAGCUGGGUUUCGAGCGGAACUCUCUCCGCCUCUGAGCUCGAGAGUGCCAUGGUUAACCAUUGCACGACGCUCCUCACACACUACAAGGGUGGCACUUACUCCUUCGACAUCGUCAAUGAACCUUUCAACGAUGACGGCACCUGGCGCACGGACGUAUUCUACAACGAGCUCAACACAACAUAUGUUCCCACGGUUCUCACCGCCGCCCGCGCCGCUGAUCCCUCCACCAAGCUGUACAUCAACGAAUAUAACCUCGAAUACGCCUCUGGAAAGUCCGCCUCCAUGCUUUCUCUCGUGAAGUCUCUGCUUGCAGAUGAUGUCCCUCUCGAUGGGAUCGGCUUCCAAGGCCACUUGAUCGUAGGCCAGGUUCCGACAUCGAUCCAAAGUCAGAUGGAAGCGUUCACGGCGUUGGGAGUUGAGGUUGCCAUUACGGAGUUGGAUAUUAGGAUGACGUUACCGGCGACGGAGGCGUUGUAUGAGCAACAGAAGACAGAUUAUCAGAAUGUGAUUGCGGCGUGUCAGGCCGUGGAUGGAUGUGUUGGUGUGACGAUCUGGGAUUACACCGAUAAGUACUCUUGGGUGCCAUCCACUUUCUCUGGACAAGGUGCUGCUUGCCCGUGGGAUUCUAACCUCGUCAUAAAGCCGGCCUUCGACGGUAUCGUGGCUGGGAUGUCUGCCUAA